AUGAAGUAUUAUUACGGGUCAGCAGCUUCUGAAGGCCAGAAGGAACUGAUUGGUGCCAUUGGUGGGUCUGUGACUUUCCCUCUAAACCUCUCAGUAGUAAAUGUUGGCAGCAUUGUCUGGAUCUUCAACUCAACUCUCGUGACCUUCCAGCCACCAAAGCCAGAAAAGCCACCCAUGAUUAUAGUGACCCAAAGUCAUAAAGAGGAAAGAGUGAGCUUCCGAAAUGGAGAGUGCUCCCUGACACUCAGCAAGCUGCAGAAGAGUGACUCCGGUACCUACCGUGUGGAAGUACACAGCACAGUGAAACGGUUCUUCACUCAGGAGUAUGUGCUGCGUGUUUAUGAACACCUUUCAAAGCCCAAAGUGACCAUGGGUCUGGAGAACACAAAGAAUGGGACCUGCACGGUCAAUCUCACAUGCUCCCUGGAACAGCAAGGCGAGGAUGUGACUUACAGCUGGAAGUCCUUGGGGAAGGCAGCCAAUGAGUCCCAUGUUGGCGCCAUCUUCCCCCUUUCCUGGAGACUGGGGGAAAGGAACAUGACCUUCAUCUGCGAAGCCACGAACCCUGUCAGCAGUAACAUCUCACACCCUGUCUCGUCCUGGAAGCUUUGUGAAGGUGCUGCCGAGGGCUCCGGUGUCCCCACGACUCUCCUGUACUACCUGUUGAUGUUCGUGCUCUGUAUACUGAUUCUAGGACUCCUUUUAAUGAUACAGAGAAUGAGAAGAAAAGUGAUUGCUGAAAAAAUAAAGGGAAUCGAAAUACAUCAAGACAUUCCCACCAUCUGCUCCCAUUUGGAAGAUGCGCUGUAUGACAAGAUCACUUACCCCAGUAAAGCUACCCCAGAGGAAGAUCUAAUACAUACACUUUAUUCCGUUGUGCACAUUCCAAAAAAGGUGGACAACCCCCCCUCACCACCCAUGACUGCAGACACACCAGGGCUGUUUGCCUAUGAGAAUAUCAUCUAACUCUUCUCACAUCUCAUCCCAAAGCAAGCUAGCAAGCAAAAGA